CAAAGACACCACUCGCAUACCGCAUCUAGCUGCUGUGCUUGAUUGUUCGCAAUAUUAAACCCCAAAAGACUGCAUGUCAAGUAUCCUGAGAGCUAUCAGGUCACGAAACCUUUCAUAUUUCCCACGACGAUCAAUCAUGACCACCUCGAUACCCAAACCCGCGCAGCAACCUCAACAGAUUCAGCCGUCCCCAACGGAAGCCAUCUUUUUCGGUCACCUCAACGAUUUCGUGAGGGAAGGGAGGUUUCAUGUAGAACCCAAAAUUCCGGCAACAGAAUGCCGAAUAGCAGGUGGCUGGGUGCGGGACAAGCUUCUUGGCCUUCCUUCCCACGACCUGGACGUCACCCUUUCUUCCUGCGCAGGCUACCCUUUCGCUCAAGCUUUCGUAGAAUACCUUCGUUCGGUCCCUUCGGCCGAGUCUAUCGAGAUCACCUCCAUCGGCAAGGUCUCUGCCAACCCUGAACAAAGUAAACAUCUGGAGACUGCUACUACACGGAUCUUGGGAUUGGAAUGUGAUUUCGUACAGCUUCGAAGCGAGGUAUAUGCGGAUGGUAGUCGAAUUCCCACGGAAGUGCGGAUAGGCACGCCCCUCGAAGAUGCAGAGCGACGAGAUAUCACCAUCAACACCUUGUUCUACAAUGUGCAUACCCAGUCGGUGGAGGAUUGGACGGGCAAGGGAAUGAACGACCUAGCAGAUCACCGCAUCCGGACGCCGCUUCCACCACUACAAACGUUCUACGACGAUCCUCUUCGAAUCCUGAGAUGCCUACGAUUCGCCAGUCGAUUUGGCUAUGCGCUUGACAAGGAGCUCACCGAGUGUUUGGGGGACGAGACUCUGAUGGAAAGCCUAAGGACGAGGAUCUCUCGUGAACGAGUGGGGAUCGAGGUGGAAAAGAUGAUCAAGGGACCGAAUCCCCUCCUUGCCAUCGAGCUCAUUACCAAUCUCAACCUAUACCCUCACAUCUUUGUCAUCCCAACUGCGAAACCCGCUGACCCGAAAGACUUUUUCCCCGCACCUCACCCCAUCAGCGACGCUCUUCUCGGCGGCCAGAUCCUCACCUCGAUCAUGUCGGGUGACUUGCGCUCGCACGUCCAUCCAGCAUUGUUCGCCAAGCUGAACGAGCGUAGGUUGCACGCCAUCUGGUUAGCGAUCGCCCUGCUACCUUACCGAGGGGGUCUUUUGAAGGAGAAGAAGAAAGAUAUGACGAUGGCCGAAGUCGUCAUCCGGGACGGGAUCAAGCUAGGAAACGCCGAGCGGGAAGCCGUUGCCAGACUGUAUGCCGCUCAUGACAAGCUAUCACCGCCAGCAUUCCACUCGCAUGAACCAGAAAGGCUUCGGUCUGGGCUUGGGCUGAUUCUGAGAGAGGUGUACAUCAAUGAUCCAGCAACGGAUACCGCCUGGACGAACGCGCUCGUGUUCUCGAUGAUCAUGGACCUGUUGCCUUAUGUCCAACUCGAUGACAUCCAGGCCAAUGAGCGAGUCUUGGAGGUUAUGAAGCGGUAUUACGACUACACUGCCAAGGUCGAGGAAUUGGGAUUGGGAUCGGCCAUCGAAGAAAAACCGAGAAUCGAUGGCAACGAGCUGAACGCGACGCUCGGCUUGAAGCCGUCCCAGUUGACCAAGUAUCUCAUGCUCGAAGUGGUCCGAUGGCAGCUAGACAACCCUAGCGGGACGGCCGAGGAUUGCAAGGCCUUUUUGUUGAAGAGUCAAGCAGAGGGGACGUUGCCGACGAUGGAGAGUCUGGGGUUGGGGGUUCCCGCGAACAAGAAGAGGAGGAGGGAUUGAGACGAGGCAGGAGUUGUCUUUACGCACGAAGUGAUACGCAAGCCAUCUAUCAUGAUCUAUCACCAUGCCGGAUCCUGAAAAGCGGCAGAUGACAUUCAUGACAUUCCAG